AUGGAUGGAGUACCGGUCAUGAUCGAUCUCGGUGAAAGUUUGAUCCCAACUAUCUGUGCUUUGUGGAAAGCCCCAGAUUUGGUGCCCAUUAUUUGUAUACACACCCCAGUUCUAAGUAAGAUCCACGGAGGGGCCCCUCUGUAUGUUCCUGGUGUGAACACUCACGGUCAGUUCCCCCAGUAUCCUUCAGGAGCAUUGGUAGCUGCUUGUACCGGACACAAUGCCGCUGCCUGUAUAGUUGGACGAGCCAAAAUAUCCUCCGCUGAACUACUGAGAGACAGAAUGAGUGUUUGUCUGGAAAUCCUUCAUGUAUUUGGGGAUCAAUUGUAUAAAGAAAAGAAAUUUGUGAAAAUAGAGAGACCCAAACUAGAUCCUGGAUCCUACAACAUAACUGAACUAUUGACUAAUGAGAUCAAUAAGUUAAACAUUCAACCAGUCAAAGACGAAUGGCCAAGUCUAGUGAAGACAGAGUCUGCUCCCAUCAAUGAACCGGCAGUCAUUGUUGACUCAGUCCCUGAAACAAUUACAAAUGUAUCCCAAGACGAGGAAAAUAAUGACCUCAAUAAUACAGCAGAGUCAGGAUGCAUGUGUUUGUUUAAGGAACCACCUCAUGCCGCUGUGUGCAUGUCCGACCGAACCUUAGAUGUUAAGAAGUCGAGCUUCAAGAAGAUGGGCAAGUUUCUGGAGGCCAUGCAACGGGUAACGUCCAGUCCGUCGUGCGGCGUGUUAUACGCGGUGUGCUCCGACCAACACUCAAAGGAGAGGAGUCAGUUCGACACCAGCUUCAAGACCCUGGACGCCUACGACUACUCCAGCAUCGCCACGAUCGACGUGAAACGCAACAUAUACUCGCUACGGGACGCAGAUAGCGCUAGUAGAGAACAUGGGGGACUUUGA